AUGAAACCUCUCAUUGUAUUUGUCUUUCUCAUCUUUUGGAACCCAGUGCUGGCAGGCCUGAAUCCAAUAUCAUCAGAAAUGCACAAGAAAUGCUACGGAAAUGGCACCUGCAGACUUGAGUGCUAUGAGAGUGAAAUGUUAGUUGCCUACUGUGUGUUUCAGCUGGAGUGCUGUGUCAAAGGAAACCCUGAGCCCUGA